AUGGCUCCAUGUUCCUUGAAUUUGCAGAAGUUCAGGGGCUACGAAUCGCUGGAUCCUGGAUCUAGCUCACUGAGCCACAUUCUUGGACUUGGCCUCCAUGACACACACAAAAACGGUGAAUCGACAAGAAAUCUGGAUCAUCAGGCUUCUCCUGGACAUCCACACACCAGAGCUGUGGGCUUUGAAACUCAAUACCCAGACCUGAUUGUCAUUAAACAGUACAAAAGAACCUACAAUGAGAAGGUCCAUGAAUUUGAGAAGACGGGGAGACAACAAGCAGAGCUGAUAGAGGAGGAAACAGAAGAGAAAUAUAUGCGAAUCUGGGCUGAGCAGCUUUUUAGGAGGAGUGCUGGAAGUGAGAUAGACUCUAACAUUGUAGUGGUCAGUGGGAUGGCUGGAAUUGGGAAGACCACCAUGGUGCAGAAGAUCAUGUUUGACUGGGCCAGAGGCAUUCAGUACCAGAGGUUUGCAUUUGUGUUCCUGUUUAAAUUCAGGGAGCUCAACCUACUAGACACAGAGACAGAACCCCAGAUGUCUCUGACCAGGCUGGUUGUAAGGCACUAUAAAUAUCUCAAUGACCCAAGACUGAAGGAAAUCUUGCAGAAACCAGAAUCUCUCCUCUUUAUAUUUGAUGGUCUGGAUGAGUACAAACACAAAUUGGACUUCACACAGUGGCAGCUCUGCUCAGACCCAGAUGACGACUUCCCUAUCCACAUCCUGGUCACCAGCCUGGUCAGAAGAACAUUACUGAAGGGCUGCACAGUUUUAAUCACAAGUAGACCAUCAGCCCUGGAGACUCUGGACAUGAAGAGUUUUGAUCGAUUUGUAUGGCUCAAGGGGUUCUUCCCUGAACAAUUGCUGAUGUACUUUAAGAAGUUCUUUGGUGACACUGAUCAGGGCUCUGAGGCUUUUCAUUAUGUGGAGAAGAACCCCAUUCUGUACGCCAUGUGCUUCAACCCCUCGUACUGCUGGAUUAUCUGCUCUGUGCUGAAAAGCCAGUUCAUGACACCUGAAGAAGAAAGAGGAGCUGCCCCCAGAACUAUCACCGAGCUCUUGGUGAUGUUCCUUCGCAACAUCCUCACCAAUCACAAGCGAGAAGCCAAAGAUCAGCGAGAGAUUCUGGUCAAACUAGGAAAGAUGGCUUAUUAUGGGGUGGCUAACAAGAUUCUUGUGUUUUAUGACAAGUCUGAGAUGUCCACCUUUGGUCUCCAGCCAGUCCUGUCCUCUCUGUUCCUCUCAGAGUUCCUUAAAGAAAUCCUUCAGACAGAAAGCACUCUGGAGCACACAACCUACACAUUCUACAACCACACUCUGCAGGAGUUCAUGGCUGCCUUAUCAUUUUAUCUCGAUCCAUCAGGAGGCAUUGAGGAGCUGCUUGAGAAGCUAGACUCAUGUAACGAUGGCCGGUUUCAGAUUCUCACUCGAUUUUUAGCAGGACUGGCCAGACCUUCUAUGUUUAAAGCACUGAGAGAAGUCCUGGGAGAGUUUGAGAGGAAGACAGCAAAGCAAAUACUGGAGUGGGUGAAGAAGAAAGCUGAAGGGGCACUGAGAGGUGAAGAUAAAAGUGAAGCUCUGCGAGUGUGUCAGUGGCUUUGUGAGACUCAGAAUAAGAGAUUAAUCCGAGACGCCAUUGGGAAGGAUUUAAAGAUGGAGUUUAAUGAUAUGAUUUUAAGUCUUCUGGACUGUGCUGUGCUGGGCUCUGUCAUCAGCUGCUGUGGAGAACUUGAGGAGCUCAACCUGUCAGAGACACCACUGUCCUCACGGUGCAUCAGGAUCCUGGUGCCGGGACUCAUCUGCUGCAGACUUGUCAACCUGAGGUCAUGUGAUCUCACCCUUGAAUGUUGCUCAUUUCUGACCUGGGCUCUUACUGAUGAACACUCACGACUGACUGAGCUGGACCUGACCAACAACAGCCUGGAUGAUGAUGCAGUGUUUGAGAUCUGUGAGGGGCUGAGUGACCCAAACUGUAAAUUAAAGAAGCUGAGCCUGUCUGAUUGUCAUCUCACCUCUGGAUGUUGCUCAGAUCUCUCCUCAGCUCUCUCUUAUGAACACUCACGACUGACUAAGCUGAAGCUGAGCCACAACAACCUGGGGUAUUCAGGGGUGACCAAGCUGUGUAAGGGGCUGAGGAGCGAAAACUGUAAAUUAGAGAUAUUGAGUCUGAACUGUUGUGAACUCACCUCUGGAUGUUGCUCAGCUCUCUCCUCGGCUCUCUCUGAUGAAAACUCAACACUGAAUGAGCUGAACCUGAGCAAGAAUGAACUGGGGGAUUCGGGAGUGGAGCAACUGUGUGAGGGGCUGAAGAGUGAAAACUGUAAACUGGAGAAACUGAGACUGAUUGAAUGUCAUCUCACCUCCACAUGUUGCUCAGCUCUCUCCUCGGUUCUCUCUUCUGAACAUUCUCACCUGACUGAACUGGACCUAAGCGACAAUAAACUGGAGGAUUUAGGAGUGGAGCAACUGUGUGAGGGGCUGAGGAGUGAAAACUGCAAAUUAAAACUACUGGGGCUGUCUGAAUGUGGUCUCACCUCUGGAUGUUGUUCAGCUCUCUCCUCGGCUCUCUCUACUCCACACUCACCACUGACUGAUCUGGACCUGAAUGACAAUCAACUGGGGGAUUCAGGAGUGGAUCAGCUGUGUGAGGGGCUGAGGAGUGAAAACUGCAAAUUAGAACACCUGGGGCUGUCUGAAUGUGGUCUCACCUCUGGAUGUUGUUCAGCUCUCUCCUUGGCUCUCUCUGCUCCACACUCGCCAUUGACUGAUCUGGAUCUGAAUUACAAUCAACUGGGGGAUUCAGGAGUGGAUCAGCUGUGUGAGGGGCUGAGGAGUGAAAACUGCAAAUUAGAACACCUGGGGGUUUUUUGUGUCGGGAUCAGUGAGGAGAUGGAGAGGACACUGACGUCACUACAGGAGGAGCUGAGCAGAUCAGGGCGGCUAGUAAAGAUCAUACGAGAAGAGUAGCUUUGUGACCUGACUGAGCUCCCACUGGCGGAGUCCCCUGUCAACUCAUUUCCUCAGAUGCUCUACUGAAGGUUUCUCUUUAGUCUUCCUCCUACAUUUUGUUUUAAAGCUGUAAUGCAGUUAGCCUUUGACACAAACCAAUACAUGUUUCUAUGAGUUUCCACCUAAGUUCCUCAAAGCUCCAUGAUAGCAUGAGCACUAAUCCAAAGAUAAUAGUAACAGCGGUGUCACCAAGUUGUCUACCUUAGACUUACUGGAUUCAUCUUACGUUACCUUGUGACGAUAAUUAACAUGAACUGAUGUGUGACGAUAUGGUGUGGACACAAGGUGACGAGAAGAGACCAUCAGUCAGUACAGUGAUCAGUGUGGAUGACACCCUUCAAAUGUUCAUUUUAACAUUAUGAGUGCCUGUGGCCCACUCUAGACAAGCUAAAAAGAGCACGCAUUU